UAUGUAGUGCAUGAGGAUGACAUAUUAGAAAUCAGAUACGUAAGAUAAUUAAAGAUAGAUUAAUUUCUAAUCAAUCCCUCUCUUCCCUUGAAUUCGUUCUAGUUUAAAAUAUCCCUACAUUCUCGCAUCUCUAUUAUCAACAAUAAUACAAUUGUUUAUUAUUCCUAAUCACAACUUGUAUUUCAUUAAAAAAAAAAAAAAAAAAAAAAAGAUCACAACUUGUAUUUUUCUUAAUUAAAUUAAUUUCAAAUCCGUCUUCUUCCUCUUAAUUCUUUCUAUAUAUAUCUCGUACUUUUAAUACUAUCUUCACCACCCCAAUUCUUCUGCUUUCUACUUUAUUAUGGGUUCUAAUGUCAAAUUUGAAGAGGAGUUUAUAGUAAAUAAUAGCGGUUUGAAGCUAUAUACAUGUCGAUGGUUGCCACAAAAUGAGGAUCCUAAAGCUCUUGUUUUCUUAUGCCAUGGUUAUGCCAUGGAAAGUAGUAUUUCCAUGCAAGGGCCGGCGACGCGUCUCGUAAAGGCUGGUUACGGUGUUUAUGGGAUUGAUUUUGUUGGACAUGGAAAAUCUGGAGGGCUUCAAGGUUAUGUUCCAAGCUUUGAAAAUCUUGUUCAAGAUUGCUCAGAUCAUUUCACCAAAGUUUGUGAAAGAAAAGAGAAUAAAAGUAAAAUAAGGUUUUUGAUGGGCGAAUCAAUGGGAGGAGCAGUUGUGUUGUGUUUGCACAGAAAAAUGCCAGACUUUUGGGAUGGCGCCAUUUUAGUCGCACCCAUGUGUAAGAUUGCUGACCAUAUAAAACCAAGUCCAUUUGUGAUCAGCUGUUUGACAAAACUUUCAUACAUUGUGCCCACUUGGAAACUUAUUCCUGGCAAUGAUGUCAUUGAAGCUGCAGUUAGAGAUCCUGAGAGAAAAAAAGAGGUGAGGUCAAAUCCAUAUUGGUACACUGGAAGGCCACGCUUGAGAACAGCUGAACAGCUCUUUUCUGUUUCCAUGGAUCUCGAGAAACGAUUAAACGAGGUAACAUUACCCUUCAUAGUUCUUCAUGGAGGAGAUGACAAAGUGACGGACCCAGAAAUAAGCAAGAUUCUACACGAGUCGGCCAUGAGCUUCGACAAAACCUUCAAGCUGUAUCCGGGAAUGUGGCAUGCUUUAACCUAUGGUGAAUUCCCUGAAAACAUCAACACCGUCUUUAACGACAUCAUAGGUUGGUUGAGUGAGAGAUCUGGGGGACCGAACUCGAGGUUAGAGAAUGCAAGCAAGGUUAAGGAAGACAGAGAGACUAAUGUUACAUACCAUGAGAAACCUACGACCUCAAGUUGAUCGUCUGUUUUGUAUUUCAGAGAUCCAUAAUUAAGUUGGUGUAUAGCUAUGUCUUGUUACUCUUGUACAUACUGAUUAUCAUUUUUUUUAAUGUAUAAUUGCGUUUAUUUGUUCCAAGAGUAAAUUAGUAAAGAACUUCUAUCUUAUUGUCUAACUAGUUUUGUGCCCGGGCGAUGCUCAGAUUGUUGAUAAAGUUUCAAUAUAAACUUUUUUUUGCUUGAAUCACAUACAAUCCCUUUAGGUAAUGUAGGAUAUUUAGACGUACGGUGUCAUAUCGCUUAUUUAAUUAAAUAGUAGUGUACUUUUUGUAA